GGAGCAGCGAGGUGCUCCCCAGGGCUGAGCCAUGAAGAUCGAGUUUGCGCCGCUGAACAUCCCGCUGGCGCGGCGGCUGCAGACGGCGGCGGUGCUGCAGUGGGUUCUGUCCUUCCUGCUGUUGGCGCAGGUAUGUGUUGGAAUCAUUGUGAUAUUGAUCAUAUACAAUUAUUGGUUCCUCUACGUGCCUUAUUUGACCUGGCUUUACCUUGACUGGCAGACCCCAGAGCAAGGAGGCAGGAGAUGCAAUUGGGUCCGAAGCUGGACAGUCUGGAAGCACUUUAUCGACUAUUUUCCAGUUCAUCUUAUCAAAACUUGGGAUUUGGAUCCAAGUCACAACUACAUAUUUGGGUUUCACCCCCAUGGCGUGUUAGUUGUUGGAGCCUUUGGAAAUUUUUGCACAAACUACUCAGACUUCAAGAAGCUGUUUCCAGGCUUUACUGCUUAUCUUCACGUGCUUCCAGUUUGGUUCCGGUGUCCUUUGUUCCGGGAAUACCUGAUGACUGGUGGAACCGUCUCAGUUUCCAAGAAGAGCUUGUCCCACGUGCUGAGUAAGGAAGGAGGUGGAAACAUCUCGGUCAUCGUCCUUGGGGGUGCGAAGGAGUCCCUGGAUGCCCACCCCGGAAAGUUCACUCUGUUCAUCCAGAAACGGAAAGGAUUUGUUAAAACUGCUUUAGCCCAUGGAGCCUAUUUGGUUCCCGUGUUUUCCUUUGGUGAAAAUGAAGUAUAUAAACAAGUUAGCAAUCCUAAAGGCUCAUGGCUUCGAACUAUGCAGGAGAAAAUGCAGAAGAUCGUGGGGUUUACUUUGCCACUCUUCCACGCCAGAGGAAUUUUUCAAUACAGUAUUGGCCUUGUGCCCUACCGAAAACCUAUCCACACGGUUGUUGGCCGCCCCAUCCCUGUGCAUCAGACCCCGGACCCCAGCCCACAGCAGGUCGAGGAACUGCAUCAGACCUAUCUGGAGGCGCUAAGGCAAUUAUUUGAGGAACACAAAGGGAAGUAUGGUGUCCCAGAGCACGAGACGCUCAUAUUCAAGUAACUGAGAUGCCCAGGAGGCUGCGGAAGACAAGAAUGUCCCGACAGGAAAAGGAAUAUUUGAAAUAUGUAUAUGUUUUCCUUUGACUCAGAAGCCCAUUGGCGUCUGGAAAGUGUUAUUGAUGGUGACAGGUGUUGAUGUUUAUCUGUGGUAAAUAAAAAGACAGAGGGGUAGCUGUGGGAUAAGGUGGGGGGGUGUUAAUAGCCUUUUAAUAAUCUUACUCAUUUAGAAAAGUGAGAUCAUUUUACGGGUUAAGAAAGCGUGUAGAAUUACUCAUAAGCUCAAAAAAUGACAGUGUCAAAAAAUUAUGAGCCCCUUCCUCCCUAUCACAGACUUAAGGUGCUUCUACCCAGCUGCCAGCUGCUGUUGGCACAGCUGGGAUAGUCAGGAGACAGUGUGUGGCCAUGGUGCCAGAGGACAGGAGAUCUUUUUCCUUCUUCUGCUUGAACUGUCCAUUUACUGGUGACUAAUGUGACGUUUAAGACUUAGAUACUUUGCUUUUUUAAGUGGAGUCAAGCAAUGCACUUGUAUGCAGGAAUGCAGUUUCUCUGCAGCUUUGAUGGGGUGAACCCACCAAAUGGAAAACCAUGUGGAUAAGAGCAUGUCUCCUCACUUCUGCUCCUGUUGAGAAAGUCAUCCUUGCCAUUUGCUUAGAAAUAGAUCAUUGUGGGGGCCUCCUUGGUGAUGCAGGGGUUAAGUCUCAGUGCUGUCAAGCUCUCACCAGCCAUUGCAGCGUGAGUUCGAUCCCCACCAGGGAGAUGACCCGCAUGGCGCAGCAGAUCUCUCCUGUCUCGCCUACUGCUCCCCACAGCAGUAUAGUUCAGUAGAUCUGCCUGUUCUGCGCCCCACUCUGUCUCUGGUGACUCUUCUCAUGCCCUGCACCUCUGGUCUGCAUCCCAGCUCUUCUAUGCAAAAUAAAUAAAAUAAAAAAGAAAUAUAUCAUUGUGUAGAAACAGGGAGGCCACUGGGAGAUGUGACUGUGCACCAUGUUUUAGGACACGGGAAUUCCAAAAGGUUUCUGUGGUCAUAGACAUAGUCUUAUUUUCUUCCCAAAUGGCCUCUUUGUGUAGGAUGAGCUAUGAGGGAAAGUGUCCUCUGGGGAGAGGUGUGCGGUUCGCAGCUCACCGGGGUCAUAUCCAGCUCUGAGAAGCAGCUGUGGGGCCUCUCUGGUGGCGCAGGUGGUUGAGCACAGCGCUGUGAAGCUGUCCGCAGCUUCCGCAGUGCCGGUUCGAUCCCCGCCGGCCUCAGAGCAACCCACAUGGCUAGCAGACCUCUCCUGUCUCGCCCGCUGCUCCCCUCAGCAGUGUAUUUCGUUAGUCUGCCUGUUCUGUUCCCCGCUCUAUCUCUGGUGAAUCCUCUCACCCUCCCAUGCAUCUAGCCUGUAUCCGGGCUCUUGUAUAAAUAAAAUAAAUCUUUAAAAAAAAAAAAGGAAAAGAGAAGCAUCUGUGUUCCGUGAGGCCAGGAGACUUGUUUCUCCCGCUCACCAGUGUCUCCAUGUAGGAGGCAUGAAAUUGGCGCUCGCUUGGUGAAUGUGCUUAAAGGUGCACACACAAGGUGAAGGAUUCUUAAUGCUAAACCACACAAUGAAACCUGUUAUAAGACCGAUGUUCAGGAGGGACUAGUUGAGCGUCUGUCCUGUGCUAGUUGGCACUACUGUAGGCUGGUAUAUAUGGCAGGUUUCUGUCAUGGCAAGCACAGGAGGUGGGAUCUAGUGCCAGGGGCCUUAUCUCAGUGACUUUAUGCCUUGUCUGAACUACCUCACCUGCACAGAUCCCAAGUGUGGUGACAUGAGCACAAGCCUGGAGGGCUUGGCUCUGUGUGUUCCUCGCACAGUGACAGUGUUGACGAGAUUUGUUGCUUAGUUGUUUGUUUUCAGUAACCCAAGAUGGCUAGUCCUCCGGUUUGUAUUUUUAAACUAAGUGAUAAAAUGUGUUUGGGUAGAAGGGUAGAGGGUAGAAGGAGGGGGGAGGUUUGAGUGACUGCAAGUACAGUUUAUUUAUCUUUUUAAAGGAGAGAACCAUCUUCUAAUGGAACCAGCUUGUAGCUCCCGUUCCUCUUGGGUGGCAGACACAGAAGCAGUGCUUUAUAUUUAAAACAAGGGAUUUCUCUAACGCCUCAUGUUUUUUUUUUUU